UAUAUGUUUGGCUAUUAAAUAUGACAUUGCAUUUUUUCUCUUUAUAUAUUUAAUUGUCUCUUCUCCUCUGUUCCAAACUCCUCUGCUCAAUUAACAAUAGCAAAGCAAUUAAUUUAGAAUUAUGGGUCUCUCAAACUUCCCCUAUGCAGCAGAAGGAGUUGUACCUGUACUUGUGAUGAACACAGUUCUAUCCAUGGUACUAUUAAAAAACAUGUUCAGAUCCAUGCUUCAAGUAGUUCGUUGCACAUCAUCAAUCACUAAUAAUUCUCCAAAUCUUGAUGAACAAGAACAACAAGAGUAUUACUCCCAAGAGAAUAGUAAUAAUUCAAGGGAAAGGAGGGUGUCAAUAACACAUUACAAGUCAUUGUGCUACAACAGGACAAGUCCUAUGAUGGUAGAGUGUUGUGUGUGUUUAUCUGGUUUUGAAGCAACUCAAGAGGUGAGUGAGUUGCCUUGCAAGCAUUUCUUCCAUAGAGGUUGCUUAGAUAAAUGGUUUGAUAACAAACAUAGUUCUUGUCCUUUAUGUCGUUCUAUGGAAUAAUAAUUAAUUAGUUUGAGGUUAAUUAAUUAGAGUUUAAGUUUUAUUAAUUAAUUUGUUGUAGUGUUAAUUACCAUUUGCUUCAUUACCAUGUCCAAUUGGGAAAAGGAAGUGACAAUUAAUUUCUUUUCUGUACUAUUUUUUAUUUUAUUUUAAAUUUUAUGUUAA